AUGACAGUGGGGACGAAGGAGAUUUUUGAUCUGUUUGUCCUACACUUGGGCACUAAGUACCUCAUGCCUGAGGGGAGUGGUUUAAACAUCUCCUGCAGAGGAUGUGAAGGCAGUGGCCUCAGAAAGUCAGGUUAUUUUGAGGUGCGCACAAAGCAAAGACCUGAGGCAGAACCGAGAUUCUCUUCGGAAUGUGCCGUGUACUCGGAUAGCUGUACCAGAUCUGUGGUGUUCCAGUUUUCCUCCACACCCACACCCACCAGCCCAGUCACCUCAGGAAUGCAGAAAGAGCACUCUCACUCUGAAGUCUACACAUCCUCCCUCUUCCUCAUCCUCUGGAAGGAACCCCCCUCUUUCCUGUUCAAAUCCUUUAGUCAGGACGGAAUUAAUGUGUCUAAAACAAUUAGACUUCUAGGUGCACUGGGUCCAAAAGAAUGCCUAAAAGAGGUGGAAAAUGCGACGACAGAUCGGUUCACGAGUCUUCCCACAAAGAAACAGGACAUACCUCAGGCACUGAAGAUAUCAUAUAACUCUAUCUUUGAGCUCUUCAAAAAGAAAAUAACCCAUGGUCACUGGAAUAACGCUGCCUUCCAAAAUCUAAUGGAGCACCUCGACCGGCAAGCUAAAUCAAACAGCGUCCCGGUGACGAGCUCUGAACUUGAGACGCUGGUCAAGAACUUCAAGCUGCUGGAUAAUUUUCUUACACAGCAGAAUUUUAGCCGCUGCGCGUGGGAGAUUGCGCGCAAUGAGAUUUUGGUCGUCAUGGACCACUUCAGGAGAAUGACACAUAAAAGGAGACACAAUUAGCCUAAUAUAGGCUAAAUAGUAGUAAAUUGUUGUUAAAUGUUAAAUUAAAUUAAAUGUUGUUCAUAAUUUAUUAAUAUGCUAUUUUAUUGUUUUUCUUUUGCACUUUUUACUUUCAUUUGGUAAAAUGAAUGAAUGAAUGUAUUUCCAGAUUUAUAUUUGCCAUUGUCUAAACUGGCUUAAUGGCUCUGCACUUAUGCUAUUUAGAAAUAUAUUUAUUAGAACAGAAUAUCUAAUCUAGACUACACUAAAAUGUCUUCAUCAAGCAAAUAAACUUAUAUUGUCUUAUAUUAUUUAUCCGGGGCAUGAAUGUUUCGUUUAUACGUUGAAUGUAUUUAAUGGAUGUCUUUGUAACAAAUGUGUGGACACAUCACUAAUAUUUAUCAAAUAAAUUCUCAGAAAUGUAUACUUGUCGUCUCUCAUAUUAUU